CUUCAGUCCGUCGGAUGGAUUGUGCUUGCAACAUGGGUAUCCCGGUUGUCCACUUUUAGCAGGGGUUCGCAUAACAAAUCUCUUUCGCUCUGCACACUCUGACCUACUCGACACCCUGUUGCGUGACACUCUGUAUGCUUCGGGAAGGAAGGAAGGAAGGAAAGCAUAAGCUGGUUGUGACGAGGAGUGUUGUAGCUUUGCAGCGCCAGCUUCGAGAAUGAGAUUGACGCUCCGUUGAUGUAGAUUGAUCUUUCUGUGUGAGAAUCCUUACGACGAUUGUGGAAGGGUGGUCAGGAUUGAGCAUCUAGAAGUUCGAUGGAGGGUCUGAAUCCUAUUUCCUCUGAUCUCAAGCCUCAAGAACCCCCUAAAUCUCAAGAACCUCCCAGGACUCAAGAACCGCUCAACCCAGUGGGCGCACCUCGGGGCCGAGGGAAGUUCUAUGCCAUUCCGCGUUCAGAACGCAAAUCGAUAGAAGUCUUCGGAGGUGCGCCCACGACCACGCGCUAUCUACCAGGAGUGGCAGCUAACUUCGGAGUCAGCUCCGCAGUGGCUCCCAAAGAGUCGAAGGGCAAAGCUACGCCGUCUUCCCGCAUUGAUCCCCCAUGGGCAAAUCCUAAGUUCGCCCCAGCCGAAUUGCCUCCAGCUUGGUUAGCUCCUAAACCGGCUCCAAACUCUCCCCCAUUGCGGCCUACCCCUUCUUCGUUGCCUGAAAGCUGGAAUAAGCCACCUCAUAUGCUCGAUUCCUUGGAAAAGAGCCCGCCGUGGUCUAAGCCCGAUGCCACAAAGCCUUCCGCAUCGAAAGCGCUGCUCUCAGGGGAGAUGAGUUUAGACAUCCCUGCAUACAAACCAAAGCGUGUGGUUGGGGGCGAAGAGGCGGCGCCGAAACCAGUUGUGAGGCAUCAGCGGAGUUCAUCGGAUACCAUGACGAACACCUUACCUGAUCUCCAGGAGGAGAGGCAAAGUGCAAUUAACAAGCUAAAGCAGCAGGCAGAAGAAGAUUCGAAGAGAGAACUGGCAAAGAAGGCGAGAAAUGACGGAGUGAAGUCGCCAGAGAGGAAGGAGAUGACCACGACUGUGAUGGCAGACCGCGCUGCUGAGUGGGGGCUGGUGCUGAAAUCUGAUGCUGAGACGGGGAAGACGCAGGGCGUAACAAUUCGACGAUCGGGUGAUAAUCGCCGCUCCGGGGACCGAAGAUCAAGUGACGGAGAAAAUGCCCCUGGCCGCGUAUCAAUGACGCUGCCUACCGUGCCAGCAUCCAGGACAUCAGAGACGUCUGAUGCAGGCAGCGAUACAAGUCACCCUUCGAACUUACCCAAGGUGUCACGGGAGAUCAAGGACGCUCUAUCGACGUUCCAACAGACGUUUGUUGUGUCGGAUGCUACACAGCCCGACUUCCCCAUCUUGUAUGCAAGCGCUGGUUUCUUCAAUAUGACCGGGUACACACCCAAGGAGGUUAUUGGACGAAACUGUCGUUUUUUGCAAGGUCCUGGAACCGACCCGGAGGACGUUACCCGAAUUCGGGAUGCGCUUAAGGAGGGGAGGAGCUUUUGUGGGCGCUUGCUUAAUUACAAGAAAGAUGGCUCUGCGUUUUGGAAUUUGCUCACCAUAACACCUAUCAAAGAUGAUGAUGGCAAGGUUCUUAAGUUCAUCGGAAUGCAAGUCGAGGUGAGUAAGCACACGGAGGGCAAGAAGGAGAAGGCGUUGCGUCCAAAUGGCCUUCCGGAGUCACUUAUCCGAUACGACGCGAGGCUGCAAGUCAAGGCAACGGAAGCUGUAGGGGACCUCGUGGGAGUAUUCAAGAAACCGACAAUUCCAACCUCCCCGCGCGACAGCCAACUAAGGAAACCGCUACUGGAAGAGGAAAAGAAAUUGGCACAGCAAGACUUUGCCCACGGUUCAAAGGGCGCACAUAAACGAGAUGCUGCGAGACGGAAAUCAACUGGCACAGAUUUUGUGAAGCGAAAUGAGACAGGGCAGUCCAAUGUUCCGGAGGGUAUAGCAAAUGAGCACUUGGCUCCUGGAAAUCCACCGCGGAGGAACCGACGUUCUUCUGGUUUUCUCUCCCUUCUUGGGUGGACAAAACCAGAGCCUAAACUAGACCCCGAGUUGGACCCCGAGCUGCGCAUGCUGGACUAUGAGGAACGGCCGGAGAGCUUCGAAGUGGAUGUGGAGAGGAGCAAAGAGAUUCGGCGCGGUAUCGACCUUGCCACUACCUUGGAACGUAUUGCUAAAAACUUUGUCAUCACCGAUCCUCGCCUUCCAGAUAAUCCUAUUAUUUUUGCCUCCGACGAGUUUCUCGAGUUGACGGAAUACACCCGAGAGGAAAUUCUGGGCCGGAAUUGCCGUUUCUUGCAAGGGCCAGACACAGACCGCGCUGUUGUGGAUCAAAUUCGAGACGCCAUUGCCGCUCGUCGCGAUAUCACAGUGCAGCUCCUCAAUUACACCAAAAGCGGAAAGCCAUUCUGGAACUUGUUUCAUUUGCAGGCCAUGCGAGACCAUAAUGGAGAGUUACAGUACUUCAUUGGAGUACAGCUUGACGGGAGUGAGUAUCUUGAGCCUGAACGACGGCGAUUAUCCGAGAAAACUGAGAAAGAGGGCGCGAAGGUGGUGCAAGAGACAGCGAAUAACAUUGACGGUGCAGUGCGGGAGCUUCCCGAUGCUAACAUGAAACCGGAAGACUUGUGGUCAAAACAUUCAUUACCAGUGCACCCAAAGCCGCACAGCAUAAACUCCCCCUCGUGGGAAGCCAUUCGAAAGUUCAGGAAGAGCGGAGUGACUCUGGGCUUGAAGGAUUUUCGUCCAAUUAAACCUCUCGGUUCUGGAGACACGGGAAGUGUACAUCUGGUAGAGCUUCGUGGUACUGGAUUGGUGUUUGCUAUGAAAGCCAUGGACAAAAGUGUGAUGAUGCAACGUAACAAAGUGCACCGAGCUCGAGCAGAAAGGGACAUUUUAGCUCUCAUGGAUCAUCCGUUUCUGCCCACUCUUUACGCCACUUUCCAGACUCAAACGCACAUAUGCUUGAUCAGUGAUUUCUGCCUGGGUGGCGAGCUGUUCUUGCUUCUCGAGCGGCAGCCUCGAAAAGUUUUCACCGAGGAUGUGGUCCGUUUCUAUGCGGCCGAAAUAGUCAUCGCUCUUGAGUACCUGCACUGCGUUGGUGUCGUAUACCGGGAUCUUAAGCCAGAGAACGUCUUGCUGAAAGAGGAUGGGCACAUACAGUUGACGGACUUUGAUCUAUCCUUCUUAACCUCUGCAAAGCCUCUGCUCGUGGAGCCUGAUGUGCCACCCAGCCGACGCAAGAAGCCCAAGCGUCCCCCGCCUCCGAUCUUCUUCGCAGAACCGGUCACGCCUUCCAACUCUUUCGUUGGUACCGAAGAAUAUAUUGCGCCUGAAAUUAUUACCGGACAAGGUCAUAGCAGUGCCGUAGAUUGGUGGACUCUAGGUAUCUUGAUCUAUGAGAUGCUCUACAGUCGAACACCAUUUCGAGGGAAAAACCGGCAGAAGACAUUUACAAACGUACUUCAAAAAGACGUCAUAUUCCCUGCAAGCAUUCCUGUAAGCUUACAAGUGAGGCAGUUGAUGCGGGGCCUCCUACAACGCAACCCGAUGAAGCGGCUAGGCUCAAAUCGGGGUGCCAGUGAUGUGAAAACCCACCCUUUCUUCAGAGGCAUCAGCUGGCCCCUACUGCGCAACAUGAAGCCGCCUCCGUUGGAGUCUCCAUUGGAGCUCAUCUCAGAAGAAGUAGAGUCAAUCAAAAGUACACCAGCUGAGGACUUGGAAUGGAACGAACAUGAGGCAGCUGCUGCAACCACAUUUACGUCCGAUGUUUUCUAAUCUAUAAUGUCAUUAUUCAUUAUGCCAGGUAACGCUGUGCACAAGCUAGGAGCUUCACACUCUGUUGCCCACUAAUCUUAGUGCGCUGAUUUCUCAGCGACUAUUACGAUCAGAAUUGGACAUUGUAAAAAAAAAAAAAAAAAAAAAAAAAAAAACAAUGGUGUUCAGAUAUUCUGACCUUCGCAACGUUAUGGGCGGAGAUCGAGAAACGGAGCGUGUACCUGUGAGGUUCGUUGCCACCCCUCUGGAGCCUAUUUUAGAGAAUCUUUCGGUGAGCCCAGAGAGCGAAGAGCACCGAGAACCCCACCCAUAGGUUUCUUCCCUAUUCCUGUAAACACACCUUGUGGGCGGUCAAUUGGUGUCGCAGCUCAAUCAACCAACUUAACACCCUCAUGUUGUGUCCUGCGUGUGCGAAGAAUCUGGAUUCAGAUGAGCUGCUUGCACCAUCCACUGCCUAGUCCACACACAGCGCAGCACCGAAAACGCUCCAAACCCCUUUUUUAUGUGAAUAGAAACAAACAAAUAUUAUUUAAGGAGUUCAAUUUGUCGAAAUCGACAGGAGAAAGUUUUCUGUACUAGACAAGAUGAAGCAGAAGAAACGAAGAAUACGAUUUGAUUUCUUCUUCUCAGC